AUGAAAGCACAAGAUUCUUCGUUAUCCAGUGGGAAGGGAACGGGCGCCAGAGUAUGGUCGUCAUUAAAAUCUGCAGUGCCUCGGAGUGAUCUUCCCGGGGCGCAGCAGCCGACGCCAUGGGGACUGAACAGAUACGUCAUUUUGCUGAUAUACUUGUUGUACGUCUUCUUGACGGGGUGCGUUUACUUUGGAUGGGCUUCCCUCUCCUCGAUGCUGCUGAAGGCGCAGAGCUUCUCUGCGCUGUGUCCCAAAGAUGCCGACGGCAGAUUUAUCGACGACAUGACUGCGGAUAAGGGUUUUAUAUGCGAUGAACAGGAAGCAGCAGUGCAGCAUCUGUACACGAUCACUUUGGCUGUGCAUACAACUUUUAGUUCCGUGGCGGGCACUAUGAUGGACUUUGCGGGGCCUCUCAUGACGGCUUUCCUCGGGCAGCUGUUCAACUUUACUGGCUGGGCAUUGCUGGCAAGCUCUGAAACUGUGGGUAACUCAGCGCUGUACGCAGGUUUUGUUUUCAUUGGCAUGGGCGCCGACAUGGGCUUUCUUCCGGUCUUGUGCAUCACCCGUCUGUUUCCUGGGAGCGCCGGACUGAACAUUACUUUGUUGGGUAGUGCCGCUUCGGCCUCCUUCGCCAUUCCCUUGAUCCUUGAAGCCAUCUGCAAGAGCCUGAACGUCAGCUCACCCCGAAACGUGUUCUGGGCGUACGCUGGAAUGGGGCCUGGACUGUGUCUUCUUUUCGCUCUUCUCUUCAUUCCGCGCAGCGGCUACAUCGACUUCAGAGACGAGGAAGACGCCGGCAGCACGGAAGCUGCCCAGGGCAAGCAGAGUGGUGACAGUCCAGCGGCUUGCCAGACUGCAGGAGAGAGAGCACAUGGUGAUUCGAGGUGUGCUAUACCGGGUGCAAGCUUUUGGCGGCAGUUAUUCUCCGCCAAAUACAUUGUCCUUACAAUCUACUUCGUAGGCGUUGGUUGGGCCAGUUCUUUCUACCAAGAGGCACACAACCGGCUGCUUUCUGUAUCGGUUCGCAAUUUCCUAAAGAUCCUCUUGCCGCUUUCCUUCCUGCCAUGCAUCAUGUGGGGGUAUUUGGCGGACAAAUGGGGCAUUCUCCGUGUUAUUUUCAUCACCAACAUCACGGGCUUGCUGAUGUACCUCUUUACCUUCAGUGACAUCGAAGUGCUUGGGUACCUUUCCGUCUUGUGCUUCACAAACUACAUGUCCAUCUUCACGUCCCAGGUGUUUGUAUACAUUGAGCAGCACUUCACGUAUGACCACUUUGGCAAGCUGAUCGGUAUAAUUCAGAUGGUGGGAGGACUCUUUUCUCUCGCCUGCAACCCGCUCUACUCGGGUGUCGCCCUCAACCCCGAUGUUAAAAACGGCCUCGGCAUCGUGCAAGGCAUCAUGGUCGGCCUUUUGUGUCUGCAGUUCGUAUGGAUUACAGUAUUAUUUUUCUUGGGGAAACGCGGCAAAGGCUCUGCGCGACAGCAGAAAUACACCAUAGAUGUGCAGCUUACCAAUCCGGAUCUUUCUCAUGAGCCACAGUCGAGCCAGGGGUGCAUCGAGGAUGCACUGGCUUGA